AUGCCCAACAGAAACUUCCCCCAUUUGUUUGACAUUCCCGCGUUCCUAGCCCAUGGCAAAGCUAUCAAGGAAGCCGAGAAGAAACUCGAUACAGUUAAAUUCAAAAAAGAAAAACUUAAGAAAGACAAAGAGUAUGUUGAAAAGGAGAUCGAGGAGUUAGAAAAAGGUGACAGAAAUAAUGAGGAUACGGAUAUGGAAGAGGAAAUCACGGAACUUCGAACAGAGUUGCAGAAGCUAGACAAAAAGAAACAAAAGUUGAAACGUGAGAAGGAGAAACUCAAGGAAACAAAGAAGAAGCAUCAGAAGGCAAUGGCCAGGCUACAGAGGAGAUAG